UAGUAUUGAGAUUACUUGUUGUUGUUGGUAAGCUCAAGCCUAGCUGCUUACUAAUGAUUAAACAUGUUAAUGGAUGGAAAGUUUCUCACUUCCUUCAUUACAAGAUCAUUCAAGGAAAGGAAAGAGGAGCGAGCAAGUGUGGGCUGUUAUGUUAAUGGGCUAUUAUGCUUGGUCCAGACAUUCCAAUUUCCAGGAGGAGGCGGAAACCCUAGACUAGACAACUUGGAUAGAAUUAGAAAGAGAAGAGAGACUGCUGCUAAUCCAGCCGUUGACAAUCAACCAACAAUGGCGGAGCGAAAAGAUCAGAUCGUGGCAUCAGAGGAACCUCCUUCACCCAAAAGGCAAAAGUCGGAGUUAGGUGGAGCUGAUGAUCAUCUUGACGAGCAGCAGCAGCAGCAGCAGCAGGGUGCGAUAGAGCCUGUGGAAGAGCAGUUAACUGAUGUCGAAACUUCUGAUGAGGACGAGGACGAAGCUGCCAGGAAUAACCUGCCGAUCACAUAUCGAUUCCUUCGCCCUGAGAGCAAAUUUCAUGAGAAACUGGCCGCCAUUAUAGCUCGAGGAUCAUCAUAUACUACGUCAGACGCUGAAGAUCAAGAAAUCAGGAAGGAGGAAACUGCCUCCAUUGCCCGACUUGCUGUGAAGUUUUACAACAGGAAACAUGGUGUGAAUUAUGUGCUUCAUGAAGCGCUUUUCAGCCGUUCUGUUCUUUUCCACCUUGCAAUGGCCUGCCACGCCACCUUCACUGCCAGGGAGGAAAACAGCACUUCCACUCACGAGUUUUUUGUGGAGACGCUUCAAUACUAUGGUGAUAUGGGUAUUCGAAUUCUUGAUUGCAUAGACCUGACUCAAUUUGGACCCGAUCGUGUUCGCAAAGGUUGUGUCUAUUGUCAUGAAGACAUGGUCCAUCCUCAUGUGGAAUGUUGCCAGUAUGGUACGGAUGAGUCCGCCGAUCAUAAGAAGUUCUAUAAAAUCAAGUAACAACCAAUCCACCUACUAUUCUUCUCCCAGCGAAGAAUAUGAUAUUUGUGUAAUGAUAAUAUAAUUUACUAUUUAUAGGAAUUUUAUAUUCGUUCGACAAGAAAAAUAUGUUUUUAUAAUAGAUAGUAGUAUGAAAUCAGACCUUCAAGAAUAUCAUAUUCUAACGUAUUGUUGAAUGCUUGAUUUCCUUUUUAGUUUGUUUUGUUAUUUCCACUCCUAUUUUGGGGUUUUCUUCCCUUUUGAGUUUGCGUGAAGCUAACGGCUUGUCCUCCCGCGCCACUACAAAGACUGCAAACCGUUGGCGCAUUCCUACGCUUGUUUGCUUCUUUCUGCUUUCAUCAUUUCUGUUUUAAUAUAGUGGAUCAAUUACAAAAUGGUCAACAAAUCUUUCAGUCAGUCACAAGUCACCCAUUAAACUUUAAUAAUCGACAAACUCAUCAUUGAUGUAAUGAUGUCUCCCUAUCUCGAUUUAGUUUUCCAUUUGACUAUUAAAAAUGAAGCACUAACUAUAAUUAGCUUAAAAUCAAAUCCAGUAAUGAACUCAACUACAACAUGCACCACUAUAUAAACUCUUAAUUGAUAGUCGGUCUACCAAAAUUGUAUUAUUGUCAAAUUGUACGAGCUAAUGCACCGUCUUAUCAACAAAUUUUUUAUCAAUCAUCUCUCUAAAGAUAAAUUAUUACAUAAAUAUGAAGCACAAUCGGUAAGUCUAUGCAACUCACUCUUACCUGUACAAAUUCUCGUACAGCCCAUUACCUUGCUAAUUAUGGCCAACCUCUUGGUUUUAAUUUACAUAUGAUUGAUUACAAUGAUUUGAGUCUUCGAUAAUCGGUGUUGUGUGUAUAGCGGAGUGUUUCUCACAAAUUGUUACAAAAUGAAAGUUCAAUGACCGA